AUGGCAUAUGCGCCCCUCUUGAGAACCAACACGACGCCAAUAUUUCCCUCCUCGACCGGUGGCGUCGCCAGACUCCAAGGCACAAUGGGCAGCACCGGGCCUGCCGUGGGCAUCCCGCCCCUCAGGGCGAGUCAGCUGUCUGGGACGACGCUUCACAACUCUACGACUUCUCUGUCCAGCUUGGCAAGCGCCUCAACUGUUGUCCCAGUACCCAACGGCGGCCAAGUUGUUGCUACAAGUAACAUCAUCAAUCAGAAGGCCGACGCCUCGAGGUCACUGUACCAAAUAUGCAUGUCGUUGAAGCAGAGACUCGCCCAGGUACCGGGCUUCGACGAAUACAUGAGUCUCAUGGAUCAGUGGGAGGCUGAAGAUCCUGAAGGAGGAAUCGUCGAGUCUGUGUGGAAAUUACUCCGCAUGGGGACGCCUCUCAUUGUCAUUUUUAAUCUCCUCAAGCCCGAGAACCCGAUGAACUUCGACCCGACACCUGACGCGAAAAAGGCCAAGAUGUAUAUCUAUAAAUUUGCGGAACAGUGCAAGAAUGAGCUUGGCAUUGAGGACAUCUUCACCAUCAGUGAUCUCCUCAAGAACGAUACCACAGGCUUUGUAAAGGUUACGACGGUGGUGAACCAGGUUUUAGAUAUCGCGCAGACUCGUGGAAUGUUAAUACAACAGCAGCCAUACCCGGAGGAUGAUAUGCCUGACAACGGCAAAUCGAAGAUGAGCUACCGUGACUACAUCGUUCGAGAGCUCGUCGACACAGAGCGCAAAUACGUUCAGGAUCUGGAGAAUCUGCACGACCUGAAGAAGGCGUUGACGGAGAGGGGAAUCGUGACGGGCGAUGUCGCUUACCAGAUCUUUGGAAACAUUGACGCCAUUCUAGACUUUCAACGCCGCUUCCUAAUCCGCGUGGAGACAACAAACUCGAUGCCAGGUGAGGUGCAACAGUGGGGAAGUCCCUUUGUAGCUAUGGAGGCCAGCUUCGACCCCAUCUACACACCAUUCAUAGCGAACCAACGGAAGGCAGCGUUGAUCGCGCAGUCAGAGUUUGACAAGAUCAAGAGCAUUGAACAUCCGGUCGCUUGCGACUUUAAUACCCUGGACGGCUUUUUGUUAAAACCAAUGCAAAGGCUGGUCAAAUAUCCUUUGCUACUCAAAGAUCUUUUGAAAAAGAGUGAAGACGAGAAGGUCAAGGACGAUCUUUCUCUUGGUAUUGCAGCUGCAGAAAGAACGCUACAGAAAGCCAACGAGGCAGUGGACCGCGAUCUUCUGGAUGAUGCCCUCGAAGAUCUCAAAACAAGAGUGGACGACUGGAAGAACCACCAAGUUGACCAAUUUGGCUCUCUGUUGCUACACGGAGUACAUACAGUUCUCACAGGGAAGAGCGAAUCCGAGAGGGAUUACGAAAUCUAUCUUUUUGAAUGCAUCUUACUUUGCUGCAAGGAGAUAUCAUCGAACAAGAGCAAAGACAAAAAAGACAAAACAAAGUCAACGGGACCCAAGAUCCGGAACAAGGGUGCGAAGUUGCAGCUCAAGGGGCGUAUCUUCAUGACCAAUGUCACCGAAGUCCUUUCGUUUGCCAAGCCUGGUUCAUACACGGUUCAAAUCUGGUGGAAAGGUGAUCCAGGCGUAGAAAAUUUUAUCAUCAAAUUUCAGAACGAGGAGAUGAUGAAAAAGUGGGCGGCAGGCUUAGACCAACAAAGGAAGGCCAGUGGCUCCCAGUCGGCGACAAGUCCCGAUCAACCUAACGCCGAGUUCGCAUGGAUGCGUUCACAGUCAGCGAUCGAAAACCCGUACGCGCAGACACAACCCGAAGAGGAGGAGGAAUAUGAGUUCGGGGCAAUACCACCGCAACCACAGCAGUUUCAGGCUAUGGCAGGAACCAUGCCGCGUAUGAACUCCACCGCCAGCAUACGAGGACGAUCACAAACGGGCGAGAGUUCACAGUCGAUAGCGAGCAUAGUGCGGGCGCCGCCUCCCCGCUUCCCUCUCCCUCAGCCACCACAACCCCUCAGCGUACAGACACAACUCCAAGGCGGCGGUAGUUCACCCGGGUAUCGCCCUGCCGAUUCAUACUUUUCGCCAAUUGGCGAGUCGCCCGUGUCUUCCAGAACAAGCACCGCCUCGAACGUGUUCCCAGGCAGCGCAGGUUACGGUUCGUUCAAGGGAGUAACCGGACAGCCGUACCCCGGUAUGUGGGAUGGUCCCAUUGUGGACCAGAACAGGUACACAGCACCUGCGAUGCCACGUGCACCCUCACGAGACGGACCCUCGCCUGUCAAUGCAUACGGCAUGUCGGGUGCCAACGGAAGAAACCCCCGCGGACCCAGCAUGCCCGUAAUGGCAUCUCAUAGUGCUCAGGGGGCAUCGCAACAAAGCCGGAGUAGGAGUUACAGCACGCCGGACAUCCAAGGCCAAGGCCCACCGGGGAUGCGUCGGACGCCUGGGGGGAGCCAAAGCAAUGUGCCUGCAGUGCCCGGAAUCCCAGCCCAUCUCCAUGCAGCGCACGAAAGACACGAUUUAAAUAUCCCGAGGAGUAACACUGGCAGCCCAGCCCUGAGCCUCCGCAAUGAUUUGCCGAUGAGGUCAAAUACGCAGAGCCCGGGUGUUCAAAGAGACAGGCUGAUGCAACAAGGCGGUGGAUACUCUGGAGGAACCAUGGCGCAGUUCCCAAUGCAGCCUGUCUAUCCAAGAGGUGGCACGCCCAACCCACCAGGCUCGGGCCAUACUCCGGCCCCCCUCAACCUCUCAGCCGACAUGGGACGGACAGUCAGCCCUCCGCUCGGCCCUGGGACACCGCAGCCACCCAACACGGCUGGACUGUUGUCACCUGACCAAGGCGGUGGGAUGAUGCCAACGCAGCUCAAGGUCAAGGUCAAUUAUGACACCAGCAACUACAUGACGCUCGUGGCGGCGUACAACAUUACAUAUCGCAGCCUGGUAGAUCGGAUUGACGCCAAGCUGGCUCGAUUUACAAACAGCAGCAUUUCGAGGGGCAACCUACGGCUACGGUACCGCGACGAAGAGGGCGACUUUGUGAGCAUUGUCUGCGACGAGGACGUGCAGAUGGCGUUCACAGACGGGCGGAACGGUGAUCGCGACAUGUACAAUGGCGGCGUGGGCGAGGUCGAGCUGUUUUGCGUUGGCAUUGGCGGCGAGUAG